AUGUCGACGCCAACAUCAAGAAAACAGCGUCAAAUUGGAUCUUGUUUUCAAAGCAAAAACCAGAAAACAUGUGAAGCUGCUAGAAAUCAUGCAGAUAACUCAAAUAAUCCAAUUGAUCUAGUUGAUGAUGAAGAAAACGUGAAUCCAGUUCAAGAAUUUAUGUCACCAGAACUGGCAGAAAGUUCCCGGAUUUUUUCCGGUUCCAGCGAUUUACCGUGUUUUCCUCCGGAAUACGGUGAUUUUUUCCCAUCUUUCCAGUCGAUUCUUACAGUAUCCGGUAACCGGAAUGAUCGACCUGGGUAUGCUUCCGGGAAUUUAUCACAUUUUAAAUCAACAAAUGAUAAACGUAAAUGUCAAUUAGGAUGGUUCAACAAACACGAUUGUCUUUCGUAUUGCCAAAGUCAUGGAAAGGUUUACUGCUAUUAUUGUCGAAAUGCUUCUCAGGAUGGCUAUCAUCCACAUGCAAAUAAAGUGCCUGAUGAUUUAUUGACAACGCGUGGAUUCAAUUUUUGGAAAAACGCUUUAGCUAAAAUACAUAGCUAUUUAAAACCAAUUACUAUGGCGAGAUGGGAAAUUCGAAAACAAGAUAGUGGAAUCACUGAUAUAAUGAAAACAAAUAUAUUGAGCACAAUAAGUACUGCGAUUGAUAUGCAUGGAAGUUCAGAAAAGUUCGAAGUCGCAAAAGUAGUUAGCGACUGGCUUGAUGAAACUUAUGGCAAAUACUGGGCUGUGAUUAUUUAUGACACAGGCCACGCGCAAGCAGCCAAAACUACUUUUGGUUCAAAAUAUUUGGUGGUGGAAGAAAAACGAUUGCCAUGGUCUUUUCAAAUUUUUAAGCAAGCUAAUAGUUAG